AUGAAUCACAGAAUAUUAUUUGAUUAUUAUGAGGAUGACGAGAUUGACGAAGCGGUUAUUGCAUUGCAACAACGCCCACGAAUUUUUUAUGAACGAGUAAACUACUUGGAAUUGUAUGACAACCAUGACUUUAUAAGCAGAUUUCGAACUUCUAAAGAAACGUUUCGCACACUAUUGAGAUUGAUAGAAGCAGAUAUAUCUCCACCUUCUCAAAGGAACAGAGCUAUAUUAGCACCAUGUAAAUUAUACAUGAUGCUGAGAUACCUUGCAACAGGAUCAUUUUUAUUAACUGUCGCAGACUUUACUGGUGUCAGCGAAUCCUCGGCUUGUCGAUACAUUCAUCAAGUUUGUAGAGCCAUAGCAAGGCAUAGAUCAAAAUACAUUUAUUUUCCAAAAAAUGCUGUUGACAUGAGAAAAGUUGUUAGUGGAUUUUACAACUGUAGUAGGUUCCCUAGAGUGGUAGGAGCUGUGGAUUGCACUCACAUCAAAAUUCAAUCACCAGGUGGAGAUAAUGCUGAAACAUUUCGAAACAGGAAAGGUUAUUUUUCUAUUAAUACACAAUGUAUUUGUAAUCCGUGGCUUAAAAUUAUGGAUAUAGUGGCGCGAUGGCCAGGGUCUUGCCAUGAUCAGAUUAUUUUUGAUAACUCUUUAAUCAAAAGUAAAUUUGAAACUGGAAUUUUAAAAGGAUACCUAUUAGGAGACGGUGGUUACGAAGUUAAGCCUUACCUAAUGACUCCUCUGCUGAACCCUACCACACGGAGCCAGCAGUUGUACAAUGAAAGCCAAAUCAGGACAAGGAAUGUUAUUGAAAGAUGUUUUGGUGUUCUUAAAAGAAGGUUUCCUGUGCUGAGCAAAGGAAUAACAACUAGUCUAAUUAAUACACAAGCAAUAAUUGUGUCAUGUGCUAUUAUCCAUAACAUUUGUAUUGACCUGCACGAUGAACUUCCAAAUGACAUCCUGCAAGAGGGCUACGAUAUUGAGAAUAUUGCAGAAGCUAACCUUCCAAAUUUAAUAGGGGUUACGAGAGGCAGACAAGAACGAGAUCGUCUGAUCAGGGAUCACUUUAGCAAUUUAGAGUGA